CACAAAAUAAGGUCUCCAAAGAUCACUGCACUUCCUCCUACAUCGGACAUCAGGAACUCAUCCUACCAUACAAUACUAGCACACAAAAAUGGCCGACAACCAAGAACCAGCAAUAACCGAGGACUUCCUCUCCGCCGCCCUCAAAACGCGGCUCAAUGCCACUCACGUGGAAGUAACGGACAUGUCGGGCGGUUGCGGCGCCUCCUUCACCUCUCUCAUCGUCUCUCCGGACUUUGUCGGCAAGAACUCGCUCAAGCGGCACCGGCUCGUCAACGCCGCGCUCAAGGAUGAAAUUGCGCGGAUUCACGCGUGGAGCGCAAAGUGCCAGACCCCCGACGAGUACGCAAAAGAAAAGGCGGCGACGGGCGGGAACGACGGCCCGCCCAUGGACGGGACGAAUGCUCAGGGCAAGGUGGAGGGUGUGACCGAGUGAUGUUGAAAGGAGGGAAAAGGGAGAAGGUUCGGAUCUGAUCAAGGGAACCAGAAAGGAAAGGAAGGGGAAGGAAAGAAAAGUGAGGUGGUAGUCCAGGAGGAAAAUCUUGCUGUAGUGGUGGUGUACCUGGAUGGGCAUAAACAGCGCGUAUUGCCCAAAAAGGGCGGCGUGUAGUCUCGUGGGAGACUUAUGAAGCAAGGGUGGAAGAUGGGAAGGAAUGACAGAAAACGAACCAUGGCGAUAUAGUGCAAUGUGCAAUCCUUGCUCGGUGUAUUACGUUUCUGCCUGUUAUGGGACUUGAUCCGCGCUGUACCUAGGAUGAGAGAAAGAAACAGGAAUCUGAUCGGUAAAUACUCGAC